AUGGAGAUGCCGGUCAUCCCAGCACAGCAGAAAAGGCAAGUGACCACCAUUAUUUUCUUGCUACUCUUGUUGGAGGUGGGCAGUGAAACUAUUAAAUAUUCCGUUCUAGAAGAAAGAGACAGAGGCUCUUUUGUAGGCAACCUAGCCCAAGAUUUGGGGCUAGGUGUAGAGGAGCUGGUCACUCGGGGUGCACAGAUUCUUUCCAGAGGGAACAAACAGCAUUUGCAGCUGGAACAGAAGAGUGGGGAAUUACUCCUCAAAGAAAGAGUGGACCGGGAAGAGUUGUGUGGGGACACAGAUCCAUGCAUUUUGCAUUUCCAGUUGCUACUGAAAAACCCGGUGCAGUUUAUUCAAGGUGAGCUACAGAUCCAAGAUGUAAAUGACCAUGCUCCAGAAUUCUUAGAAAAUGAAAUUCUCCUUAAAAUCUUGGAAAGCACACAUCCUGGGACCCUGUUUCCUUUGCAAAUAGCUCAAGAUUUGGACGUAGGAUGCAAUACAGUUCAGAGCUAUACAAUCAGCACCAACUCCCAUUUCCAUCUUCUCACUGGAAAUCACAGCGAUGGCAGGAAAUACCCUGAACUGGUGCUGGACAAAGCACUGGACCGGGAAGAGGAGCCUGAGCUCAGAUUAGUCCUCACAGCACUAGAUGGUGGGUCACCACCCAGGACUGGGACUUCUCAGGUUCUCAUUGUAGUUAUGGAUAUCAAUGACAAUGCCCCUGAAUUUGUUCAGGGACUCUACGGAGUACAGGUACCAGAGAACACUCCUGUAGGUUCCCUUGUCAUCACUGUAUCAGCUAGAGAUUUAGAUGCUGGGAUUCACGGAGAACUUUCCUACUCAUUUUUCCAAUCCUCAAAUCAAGUCAUUCAGGCCUUUGAAAUAAAUACAGACACAGGAGAAAUUAGAUUAAAAAAACUGUUGGAUUUUGAGGAAAUUAAGUUUUACCGCAUGGAAAUUGAGGCCUCAGAUGGCGGGGGACUUUCAGGGAAAUGCACAAUAGAAAUAGAAGUGCUGGAUGUAAAUGACAACGCCCCUCAGUUGACGAUGUCACUAUUUAACAGUGACAUUCCAGAAAACGCUCCGGAAACUGUGGUCGCUAUUUUUGGAAUUUCAGAUCCAGACUCUGGAGACAAUGGGAAAAUGAUAUGUUCCAUCCAGAACAGUCUCCCUUUUCUCCUGAAACCUACAGUAGAAAAUUUCUACACGUUGGUCACAGAAGGCUCUCUGGACAGAGAAAACAGAGCAGAGUACAAUAUCACCAUCACCGUCUCCGACUUGGGGACUCCCAGGCUGCAAACCCAGCACACCAUCACCCUGCAGGUGUCCGACGUGAACGACAACGCCCCCGAAUUCACGCAGGUCUCAUGGGGACUU